AUGCUCGCGGUUCCAGGUCUGAAAAGCAGCAGAGUGAGCUGGCUCGCUCUGGUUUUUACAUUCUUGUCGCUCGUAUCACUCGUGACCGCUUCCAAACCGACAUCUUUUUGCAAAUGUACCUGCUUUUCCAACAGCACGAUCAUUCCUCUCGAUCCUGACGGGGACUCUGGUGCUUUCAAUGACGCGCUGAACCUUCACGGGCGAACCUUCGACGGCGCAGAUAUCAGCUAUUCACCGGUGGAAGACGACCGAGCCGAACUCGAGGAGCGAGCCGACAAACACCGUAAACUAACAUGUAACGAUUGCAAUCGCAAGUUCUGCUUGGGCUACGAGCUGCCGACAUGCAAGGGCGCGAAAGAGGAGGACGUUUUCACCACAUGUUUCCAACGUGACUCUCGGAAGGACCAGGCGGUGGUAUUCAUCUUUAUUAUUGCUACGGGUGGACUGCUCGUAUGGGCGCUGUGUAAGCCCUGGAUCGAGCGCUAUGUGGAGGCUGCACGGGAACGCCGGUCGUACAUGCCCGUUGCGGAGCCUGAUAGUUGA